AUGGGAAGCACCGCUAAUUGUCCACAUGUAUUGGAGAAUGCCACCCUGGAACCGAACAGUUAUGGAUCACAAGAGCACAAGGUUAUAUGUACUUUUUCCAUAAUCAUUUUCUCUGUGACCUUUCUCCUUGGGACAUCAGGAAAUGGACUGGUGAUCUGGUGCACGACCCUAAAGAUGAAGAAGACAGUCAUUGUUGUAUGGCUCUUGAAUUUAGCUGUGAAUGAUUUCUUGUUCACCCUGUUCCUGCCUUUUACCAUUGCUACCACAGCCCUCAACCGCCACUGGACAUUUGGGAGGUACAUGUGCAAGUUAAACGCUACUCUUUUUAACCUCAACUUGUUUGUUAGUGUUCUACAGCUCACCAUUAUCGGUAUUGAACGCUGCAUCUCUGUUAUUUUUCCGAUGUGGUUUAAGAACCACCGAACUCCAAGAUUGGCAUCCUUUGUUGUCGUGGCUGUAUGGAUCCUAGCUUUUUUAUUCAGUUCACCUUACUUUAUAUUUCGAGAUACUCUGAGUAUUGAUAAUAAGACAAUACAUUGCGAUUACAAGUUUGAUGGAGAUAAUUCAAGGUCUGCCAUUACUGUGUCAAGAGGAAGUGCCCUAUUUAUCACAAGGUUCAUCCUCGGUUUCCUUAUUCCUUUCACCAUCAUUGUCUUGUGUUAUGUAGUGACUGCUUUGCAUAUCCAGAAAAAACUAAUUGUUAAAGCCACCAAGCCUUUGAAGAUCAUUAUAGCUGUCAUUGUUUCCUUCUUUGUAUGCUGGUUCCCUUAUCAGGUUUUUGUCCUCCUGUCCCUGUCUAACAUGUAUACUAAUGAUAAACACAUAAAACGGGUGGUAAACAUUGGAUAUUCUUUGACUAAAAGCCUUACAUACAUAAAUAGCUGCAUUAAUCCUAUUCUUUAUGCCUUUGUGGGUCGAACAUUCAAGAAAGACUUCUGGAGGUCCAUCCAACAGGUAUUCGAGAAUGCUUUUAUGGAAGAAGCUACCAAAGCAGACUUCAGGAGUGAAACCAAAUCUAGCAAUGCUUUUUAG